UGGUAUAGUUUAUAUGAGUAAAUCAAGCAUAUAAGGGGAUUUUCCUAACACAUUAUUGUAGACUUUAUCUAUCUUCUCUCAAGAUUGCAAAGCUUAAACCGUGGUUGUUCCAGAGAUCUAUUUAGCUAGCCAUUAAUUUAUGGGUCCCGGAGGACCAGGAGGUUGGGGUGGUGGUGGUGGUGGCGGCCCUGGUGGUUGGGGCGGUGGUGGAGGAGGCGGCCCUGGUGGUUGGGGUGGUGGUGGCCCUGGAGGCCCCGGAGGUUUGUUUGGUGGAUUUGUUAAUGGCAUAUGUAACUUAGUCGGAUCAUGCUUGUCUUGCAUAUGCUGUUGCUGGCUGCUGCAAGAUUGCUUUGGCGGUGGCCCGGGGCCAGGUUUUGGCCCUCCUGGUGGUGGUGGUGGCCGUCCAUUCUAAUCCGGCUGCAAUGGAUGGAGAAAGAGAUCUUAUUCUUAUCAUCAUUAUCAUUUGUUGUUGAAUAAUUUCUUGUUGUGUUUGUUUACAUGACUAUGUACACUAUGUAGUCAUGCUCUCUUAUCCCUAUUGAAAAACACCCUCAGUUUGUUGUUAUGUGUUUUUAUUGUCCUUUGUUGGCUAUCUUUGUGAUUUA